CAGCCAUCAAUCGGCAUGGCGCUGGUUUCGAAGCCAGUUUCAUAUGAGACCACCCGAUGAUGAAGAGGAUCAAAACUGGUGGUUUGCUUCAACGGCGAUUCCUCUGAUAGCUGCUUCAAUUGGCCCUCUUGCUAAUGUCAUGUCUAUCGCUGCUCUGAUCACGCCCUGGAGGAAUGACAUCUAUUAUGACAAGUCGGAUCAGUUUGGCCUCCCGGUACAAGAGGGCUUCCGUGACCCUCGAUGGUGCACUGCCUUGAAUGCUACUUCGCUUGCGUGUGGAGUUUUUGGCAACCUUUUCCUUCUAUGCAAUUUCACCCGGGCAGUUCGCUAUAUCAUAGCAUUGCCUGCCUCCAUCAUUCUUUGGCUUUUGGCAACAGUUAUAUUGAUCGGAAUAACGGCUGCCAUGCAUAUAUAUCAGAGUCCUUCGCCAGGGCAAAUAUACUCCGAAGCCUACUGGAGUGCAGUGAUAGCUGCAGUUCUCUACUUCAUUCUUUGCAUUAUUCUCAUGAUUAAUAUGCUAGGCUAUUUUCUAGGCCAUUAUCCUCAGCAUUUCGCCCUUACAGACGAUCAACGGACUCUAAUUCUGCAAACUAUGGCAUUUAUGGUGUGGCUACUGGUUGGAGCUGCUAUUUUCCAACAAGCCAUUGGCAUUCCAUUUUCAGAUGCGUUGUAUUUCUGUGAUCUUACCAUCCUCACAUUAGGAUUCGGUGAUAUUACGCCACAGGACUCGGUAGCGAGAGGUCUCGUGUUACCGUAUGCUGUGAUAGGAAUUAUCAUACUCGGUCUUGCUGUUGGAAGUAUUCAUCGAUUCGGCAAGCAGCUCCGUUAUGAGAAUGUUGUGCGAAAGCACAUCGAGCGAAAACGACAGUCAACCUUUGAACGAUCGACUACAUAUGAGCCUAGGUCGAAAGAGGCGGAAUUGAAACGAUUGGGCCUCCCAUCCCGUGCAAUGGAGGAACCCAUAGAAUCUACACAACAAACAUCACAAAUCUCAUCCAAGUCGCGACGUCGAAAGCGGCCAAUCAGAAGCGCUAUAGGUGCACUCAGUCGACCAAAACUCUUGGUUAUGAGAGAAGAAAAGGACAGAUUCGACGCCAUGCGUGCGAUUCAACGCGAGACGAUACGUUUCCGUCGAUGGACGAAUCUAGUUUUUAUUAUCAUUAUCUUUGGAAUCUUUUGGUCGUGUGGUGCGAUCGUCUUCUGGAAACUGGAGAACAUCACAUACUUUGAAGCACUAUAUUUUGGAUUCUGUUCGCUUUUAACCAUUGGAUAUGGAGACAUCGCUCCCAAGACCAAUGCCGGACGUCCAUUUUUCUUCGUGUGGUCCCUCUGCGCCGUGCCAACUAUGACAGUACUCAUCUCUGAAAUGGGCGACACCAUCAUCGCCGGCUUCAAGCAUGCUACUAAUCGAGUCGGGGAAUGGACCGUUCUUCCACAAUCAGAAAAGCACACAUCUAUUCUAUCAAGAUUCCCACGCAUAUUCGCAUUCCUCAAACACAGAGAAGAAAAGCAACGCAUAGCCCACGGCUUCCCCAUCGGACCCGACGAAGAGCAAGCCACCCACCCACGACAAUCCCUUUCAGACCUCGCCCGAACCCCCACACCCCCAGCCACCCAAAUAGCCCAACACCUCGUCUUUGCAAUUCAGCGCGUAACCAAAGACGCCCUCGACGACAAACCCAAAUACUACACCUACGAAGAAUGGGUUGAGUUCACGCGCAUGAUCCGAUUCACGGAUCCCGCCCGGCAAGACGGACUCGUAGUUGACGAAGACGAGUAUGGGAUUCUAAACUGGGACUGGAUUGGAGAGACUAGUCCGAUGGUUGCGUCGCAGACGGAGCCGGAGUGGGUUCUUGAGCGGUUGUGUGAGAGCUUGGUAAGGUAUUUGGCGGUGCAGGAGCAGAGUAGGGAUGGGGGUGGAGGAGGUGGUGAGGAGUUUACGUUGAGAAAAGAGCGGGAUAUUGGGAUUGAUGGGGGUUGAUUGUUUUUUAAAAGAGGAUGUGGUUUGAUAUAUAUUGGCCGAAUUGUGUACUACAUGGCGCAGAUUAAUAAAUGACACCUUUUAAAUAGUGA